GAGCUCGACAUACUUGUCGCACGUGCGGCUGGCGCAACCCGCGAUGAAUGUGGCAUGCGACAUGUGCAGCGAGACGUUCAUAGGACAAGUGGGGCUCAAAAUGCACAAGGCCAGGAUGCACGCCGAGAAAAUCAAGUGCACCAUUUGCUCAGCCAAGUUCGUUAGCAUAGCCGCGCUGAACAGACACACGGACACGGCCGGCGAGCACGGAGCCCUGCGGCCGUGCGAGCAGUGCGGCGAGAACUGUGCGAGCGAGCAGGCGCUACAGGAACAUGUCAAGGAUACGCAUCCGACUGAAUCACACCGAUGUGAGGAGUGCGGCAUGACGUUCCCAACGCUGUCCGCGUACGACGUUCACCACCGACGCAAGCACCUCAACCAGCGCUACAGCGACGCCGGCCGCCAGCGGCACACGACACGCAAGAAAUACCCGCAAACACACAAGCAGGGCCAGUUCGUGUGCGAGACUUGCGGGAAACUCAUGCAGGUUAGUGCCAACAGCCCAUCUCAACCAGCGCUACAGCGACGCCGGCCGCCAGCGGCACACGACACGCAAGAAAUACCCGCAAACACACAAGCAGGGCCAGUUCGUGUGCGAGACUUGCGGGAAACUCAUGCAGGUUAGUGCCAACAGCCCAUCUCAACCAGCGCUACAGCGACGCCGGCCGCCAGCGGCACACGACACGCAAGAAAUACCCGCAAACACACAAGCAGGGCCAGUUCGUGUGCGAGACUUGCGGGAAACUCAUGCAGGUUAGUGCCAACAGCCC